AUAGCUGCCAAACAGAAAUUUUUUUUCCAAGGUGGGCAAAAACCCAUCCGUUUUAACCACCAACAAGACACGACACGUCAGCACAAUUCUAUCAUCCAGUUGGCGGACCCGGAUUGGCUGGGGCACAACAGCCUCAAACGUGACAUCCCCCACCAUUGAUGAAACCAUGAACAUGUAUCGACAAAAGUGCAAAUAUAAAUAGGGGAUGGGAGAUGCCUGUGUGAGGCUUAGAAGGCUUUACAGCAAAAGAUAAGAUUUCUCCCUUUGUAUAUAGAGAGACUGCGAGACUGAACUUCGGCGUUGUGCCAUUCUUGAAGCCGCUCACAGCCUCUCAUCAGAGCCAGGAAACAGAGGAGUCAAGUGAGAAAAUGGCGUCUACCUCACUGUUGAAGUCAUCCCCUGUUCUCGACAAGUCUGAAUGGGUGAAGGGUCAGAGCAUCCGCCAGCCCUCUGUCUCCAUCCUCCGCUGCAACUCCUCCACCGCUGCCGCCGCCGCGCCUUCGGCUCUUUCCAUCCGCGCCAGCUCAUACGCUGACGAGCUUGUCAAGACUGCGAAAACUGUGGCGUCACCAGGGCGGGGGAUUCUGGCGAUGGACGAGUCGAACGCGACCUGCGGGAAGCGUCUGGCGUCGAUUGGGCUGGAGAACACAGAGGCCAACCGCCAGGCCUACAGAACCCUUCUGGUCUCGGCUCCUGGGCUGGGGAACUACAUCUCCGGCGCCAUUCUGUUCGAGGAAACUCUCUACCAGUCCACCGUUGACGGCAAGAAGAUCGUCGACGUUCUUAAGGAGCAAGGCAUCGUCCCCGGUAUCAAAGUUGACAAGGGUUUGGUGCCACUUGCUGGUUCCAACGACGAGUCGUGGUGCCAAGGGCUUGAUGGACUUGCUUCCCGCUCUGCUGCCUACUACGAACAGGGCGCUCGCUUUGCUAAAUGGCGUACUGUUGUGAGCAUUCCCAACGGUCCAUCUGCCUUGGCAGUGAAGGAAGCUGCCUGGGGCCUGGCCCGCUACGCUGCCAUUUCUCAGGACAAUGGGUUGGUCCCAAUUGUGGAGCCAGAGAUCUUGCUGGACGGUGAGCAUGGGAUCGACAGGACCUUCGAGGUGGCCCAGAAGGUCUGGGCGGAAGUCUUCUUCUACUUGGCUGAGAACAAUGUGAUGUUCGAGGGCAUCCUCUUGAAGCCAAGCAUGGUUACCCCUGGUGCUGAGUGCCCAGUGAGGGCAACCCCUCAACAGGUUGCUGAGUACACCCUCAGCCUUCUGAAGAGAAGGAUCCCGCCUUCUGUCCCUGGAAUCAUGUUCUUGUCCGGUGGGCAAUCUGAGGUUGAAGCGACGCUGAACCUGAAUGCAAUGAAUCAGGCUCCCAACCCGUGGCACGUGUCGUUCUCAUACGCCCGAGCCCUCCAAAACACAUGCCUGAAGACAUGGGGAGGCGCUGCAGAGAACGUCGAGGCUGCCCAGCAGGCACUGCUCACCCGGGCCAAGGCCAACUCGUUGGCUCAGCUCGGCAAGUACACCGGGGAGGGAGAGUCCGAUGAGGCCAAGGAGGGAAUGUUCGUCAAGGGCUAUGUCUACUAAGAAACUUCUCCUGUUCCGGCCAUCCAUAUGCAUUAUUAGGUUGAUGAAAGAAAGGGACUGUCACUUAGAAAUCAUCCCUUUUGUCUGUGUUGUAUAAGGAUUUGUCUCUCUUAAGUUUGCUGUUGUUGCUCAUAUGGAUUGGAGACUAUUUUUGUCCUUUUUUUUUUUUUUUUUUGUUUCUGAACAACCCUUUGUCACUCUCUUAAUGUAUGUACUUUCUUCUUGAGCCCUGCUCCCAAGCUCCAGUAAACCCAUUUCGAUGAGGCAAUGAGGAUGAUCGAUUUCUACCGGGGAAAUGAAGCGGACUUGGGAGAUUGAUUGGAUGAUUUGUCGAUCCAAUUUGUGAUUCCUGCAACUUGGGAGUACAUUGCCACUGAAUUCCUCGUGUGGAACUCCUCACUUCAGGGACAACGUUACAGCAGCCAACGAGUGUAUCGCGGUGCAGGCAGUGGGAAAUACCAUCAACCUCUCAAUAAAAUAGCACAACAAUGAAUGCUUGUAGUUUGUACCGGCAGCUGAUGAUUGAAUAGCUUCAUGUUGUUUGCUUCCACAUGAAUCGUGCAAUUCAGCAGCAACGAUAUUCAGAGAAG